AUGCUCAUCGUGGACACCAACCGUCAGGACUGCAUUGUGAUUUCCUUACGAGCCAUGGAGCACAAACUGCGAUUCCUGUCCCGCUUCGUUUGUUGUGCUUUUGUCUAUGCUCACGAUCUGUUUACUUUGUUUCUAGGGCUCAUAACAAUAAAAGAAGCCCAUGAUAUAGAAGCCAGACUUAAUGAAGUGGAAAAGCUUCUGAAGACUAUUAUAAACAUGCCCUGGAAGUAUUCAAGAUCUGAAGUCGUCCUCACGUUCUUUGAGAGAUCUCCUUUGGACCAGGUUCUGAAAAAUGACAAUGUCCAUAAGAUUCAGCCAAGCUUUCAAAGUCCAGUUAAAAUAUCAGAAAUCAUGCGAUCAAAUGGAUUUUGUUUAGCCAACACUGAAACAAUAGUCAUUGACCACAGUAUACCCAAUGGAAAAGAGAAGCACCUGGACGUAGAUUCAGCAGAACACUUGUUUGAAAGCGUUAGUGACUUUACCUCAGAGCUAGAAGACAGUGAUGAUCCAACAGCUUAUGUCACCAAUUUGACAUACUACCACCUGGUCCCAUUUGAGACUGAUAUUCUGGACUGAGGCUGCUCAGUGAUGCAGUCAGCCAGCAUCCAGCCGACCUCUUCGUCCAUAGGCUCUGCUAUCUCUGGCAUUGCAUCUCUGUGAAUAAGGCUGUGCGGGCAAGACCAACAGCAGAGAAGUUGCAGCAAGUACGCCACAAAGCUGGUUUUGUAGUCUGGCCCUCCGUUGUGUGUUAUGGAGACGUCUUGUAAGGAGGUAACUGCUUCAGUUAACAAAAAACUCGUUUUCCGUGAAAGCAAGGCAGCAGAGUCCUCUUGGGGCUCAAGGAAAUCUCUACUAUGUCUGUGGGAAUUGCCACUCUGACGCAGCCAUCGGAAACUUGCGCUGUAGUACACUGUCACCCAUGCUCCUUGGCUUGCAGUGCAAGUUGAGGCUUCCUCUUUUAGGAUACCACCAGAAACUUCCCCAGAUGGCGUGACCACACUUUUUAUGCUAUGUAAGCAAGAAGGCGAGCAAAGCAGCUGAAUUUUGUCAGUUCCCUCUGCGGUUGCUUAGUGGAGGUCUUGUGGGUCACUU